ACAUCCCUUUACUACAUCCAAAUCAUUUACAAGUCCAAUCGUAAGGUUAAACCUGCGGUGCUUUCCACGACUAUUACUGUAUCCUCCGCUUCUUGCUCUGUAUUACUUGUCUCCCUGCGUUGCUCCUUUCUUGUACCAUAUUUGUAGCACCUGUUCUUCCGUAAAGCUGCAUCUGCCUGCUUACGAUUGACUUGACUUUCAAUCCUUCCAUCUGGAUCUCGAACCACUCCUAGACAACUUGGAACAUACCCUGAUCGCCAUGGGCCUCUUCUCGAGGUCGGCGCAAGCUCCGACCCCUGAAACCUCCCCUGAGGCACGAGCAGCUCCGCCUGCUGUCCCUCGUACGCCUUCCGAACAUGAACCUCCUACACGGCUUCCAUGGUCAGAACCCCGGAAACCACUCGUCAUGUUCUUCGCUGGCGCUGCGUUUCUACUGCUCUCGACGACUUUGACAAAGAAGGCCAUUAUGCGACGGUGGACGGCAUCGAAACCGAAGUACUACCAGCCAAACAUGCAGCCAAACAAAGUGAAGGGAAUCAUAGAAGCUGUGGAAGCAUUACAAAUAGCAACCCUAAAUGUCAUGAGUGGAGCUAUCAUGUUUACCGGAGGCGCACUUUGGGCACUGCAGAUUUCAAAUAAAGAGAUAUUACGAGCGCGGUUAGGUGUAUUCAAAGCCAGUGUGGGACUGGACACAUCUGGUGGACAAAGCAAUGAGAAUGAGAGCUAAAGAGAAGAAUAGAUGUGCUAUUUAGCUGACGUUCUUCCAAAAUUGUUCAACUCAUGAUACCCGAUUUAGAACUCAAUGUACCCUCGCAAGUUGCGACGGCAUGGGGACUAGAUGCUAC